GCAGUAUUUUGAGUAUAAAUAUAGGAGGUCUUGAAGUUGGACUAGAACACAAAUCUCAAGACCUUUCAGUCAGAAUGAAGUCAUUUGAAUUAUUAUUGGUCCUCAUUGGAUUCGUUGGUCUUGUAGCCAUCUCUCAAGCUGCUACAAAUUACUGUGCUAAGGAACUUUGUGGAAGUGCUGCCAAACAUAUUGCUUGCAAUGCAACUGGGCAAUUUGCUGACACCUGCUCAUCAGAUAGAAAACUUAUAACAAUGACUCCCGAAAUUACAGCAGCUAUAUUAAAUCGAAUGAAUCUGCUGAGAAACCGAUUGGCCAGUGGCAAUAUGACCAAAUUCCAACCAUGUCCAAGAAUGGCUACCAUGAGUUGGAAUGCUGAACUAUCCAAACUUGCCGAAUUAAAUGUCAAAACUUGCAAAUAUGGCCACGAUGCAUGUCACAAUACUUUAACCAGUCCUCAAUCUGGCCAAAAUAUUGGUAUGCUCUUAAGCGAUGCACCACUUACUGCUACACCUUUAAAUAUGAUUAUUCAAAUCAUAAAUGCUUGGUGGGCAGAAAGUAAGGACACUACAAUGACUGAGAUCAAUAAGUAUCCUGAAUCUCCAAAAGCUGUUAUUGGUCACUUUACGGAGAUGGUAAUUCAAGCCAAUUAUUUAGCCGGAUGUUCUGCUGGUAGUUUCAUACUAAACAAGCAAUACGCCUUCUUAUUCGUGUGCAACUUCCACAAAAUAAAUAUCAUAAACGGUGCAAUUUAUGUGCCUGGAAAAAGUGCUAGCAAGUGUUCAACUGGACCAAAUCCAAGAUACAAGGGAUUGUGUUCAAAUAAGGAAAAAUAUCAAUAAAAUUGUAUGUACCUACCUAGUUUAAAAAAAUAAAUAGUUGAGUAACCUUGUUGUUUCU